AUGCCUUUGACUACUAAGCCGGUUUCUUUGAAAGUCAACGCUGCCCUGUUCGACGUCGACGGUACCAUCAUUAUCUCUCAGCCGGCCAUUGCUGCUUUCUGGAGAGACUUCGGUAAGGACAAGCCAUACUUCGAUGCUGAACAUGUUAUCAACAUUUCUCACGGAUGGAGGACUUACGAUGCCAUCGCCAAGUUUGCUCCAGACUACGCCGACGAGGAAUACGUGACCAAGUUGGAGGGCGAGAUCCCAGAGAAGUACGGCCAGCACUCGAUCGAAGUGCCAGGUGCCGUUAAGCUGUGCACCGCUUUGAACGCUUUGCCAAAGGAGAAGUGGGCUGUCGCUACUUCUGGUACCCGUGACAUGGCCAGGAAGUGGUUCGACAUCUUGCACAUCAAGAGACCAGAGUACUUUAUCACAGCCAAUGACGUUAAGCAAGGAAAGCCACACCCAGAGCCAUAUCUGAAGGGCAGAGAAGGUCUGGGUUUCCCUAUCAACAAGCAAGACCCAUCCAAGUCCAAGGUUGUUGUCUUCGAGGACGCUCCAGCUGGUAUCGCUGCCGGUAAGGCUGCUGGCUGUAAGAUCAUCGGUAUUGCCACCACUUUUGAUCAGGAUUUCUUAAUCGAGAAGGGUUGCGACAUCAUUGUGAAGAACCACGAGUCGAUUGAAGUUGGUGGUUACGAUCCAGAGACCGACGAGGUCGAGUUCAUCUUCAAGGACUACCUAUAUGCUAAGGAUGAUCUAUUGCAAUGGUGA